AUGAAGACAGGCUCCAUUAUUCAAAUACUUGUCAGGAGAGAAAUUGGUUUUAAUCGAUGUUUUAGAAUAGCUAGUACACAUGAAAGAUUUAAAAGCAAUUUUUUACAGGCUGAAUAUGAUACUCAAGUUCCAGAGAGACAGUCCGCCAUAGUGCUACCGUUUAUGAGAGAACGGUCAAAAGUUGUUGAGAUAUUAUCUGCACGCGGAGUUGUCUUUGCUCGUGUGGAGUCUGGUGUUUGUGUUGCAUUUAGUCGAGGAACUAAUCAAAGGUUAUGCUUUCUGAAUGUUUCGGGUGAAAUUAUUCAAGACAUAUUUUACAAUAAAUGCGAUGAUUCGAUCAUCACCGUCUCAAUUUCUGAAUCAGACAAUUUCAGCUCCUUCAAAUGCAGAAGCACAGGAAUUGAAUACAUUCGACGUGCUCAACCAAAUGCUGGCUUCACCCUAUUUGAAUCCUUGUCACUGAAACGGCCUGGUUUUGUCGACUUUGAUGAUUUGGAUUCAAAUGCAGUCACUUUUUCUGUCGAAGAAAGCAUCUACAGGGUCUUUGACCUAAGCAACUACACGAUGCUAUACUCCAUCAUUAAUAGAGAUUUGCAUGAAAUUGAUUUCAGCCCAGGAAUGAUGUUGUUCAUUUAUCCACCUAGAUCUGGCAAUAACAUAAAUCGUUUUAAGAUUCAUUCAAUAGAGGACGGAUCCGUUCUUAAAUCCUUUACUUAUCGCCUUCAUCGGGAAAGAAAGGAGGAAGUAAUUGCACUGUGUAAUGAAAAGUUACUUUUCAAGCAGGAGAAUGAGAAACUACAAAUUCUUGAUGUUCGAACCUCAACUGUAAUUAAAGUCAAUGGAACUGAAUUCAAGGACAUGCAGUCGGAAUUCCUUUUUCUUUACAAGAAACAUAUGUUCCUGACAUUCAGUAAUCGAACAGUAGCUAUGUGGAAUUUCAGGGGUGAGCUCGUGACUACAUUUGAGGAACACCAUUUUUUGAAUCCUGCAGAUAGCAGCUUCAACAACACUAUAUAUACCACUAGUGACGAGGAUCUUAUCAUUUCUUACGGCAAGGCGGAGACCAAUGACCAACAACGAAAUGGUAAAGCAGGUUCAAUAAAUAUCAGCAGUAUUUUGACGGGCAAAUCUAUAGCCAAGAUUGAUGCUGGUAACAGUCGCAUGCUUAAGGAAUGCACAUGCAGUGGUCGAAGGUGCAACUCAAGUAGUCACCAAGCAACUGAAAUUACAAGCACAGUUGCACAAGCAUUAGAUGAUGUCACUGCACUAUGCUAUGAUGAAGAACUCAAUGAGUUAUAUACUGGUAACCAGGCUGGCUUACUUCAUGUUUGGUCUAGCUGA